ACUUUGUUUGAGUCAUUUUGAUUUUGGCUGUCCAUUUUCCUCUUUUUUUCAUCCCCAUUAUCUAGGAAAAACACCCUCUUCUCGUAAUCUGCAUCUUGUAAUUUCAAGAAUUCUUUUGUAAUUUCUCCUGAAAAGUUUGUUGCUUCUUUAUCAUGGCAAGUUUGAAAUCUGGGGUGCUUGUAAGAUUGCUUGAAGAAACAAAAAUGGCUGAAAAUGCCAUCAUAGAAGAUCGAAAACCAUCAUUGUUACAAAUCAGAAGCAUAAUGCCUGUUCUUGAAGAAGGUAAUCUUUUGCCUAACAGGGGAUUUUACCUCAAGAUUUCAGAUGCGUCACACGCAAUUUAUGUUACAUUGCCACAAGACCAAAAUGAGUUGAUUUUAGGUAACAAACUGAAACUAGGACAAUUUAUCUACGUACAAAAAUUGGAGGAUGCAGAACCAUUUCCAUUGCUCAAAGAUUUUACGCCUCUACCUGGUAGGCGUUCGUGUGAUGGAACCCCUCAAGAAAUUGGUUCGGUUCCAAAUUUGGAAAAGGUUCAUGAUGGAUCGAAUUCUGAUUUUAUAGUUGAAAAGGGUGUCAUUUCCGAAGAAAAUAUUUUGGAUAUAUCAUCCUGUUUACGAAGGUUGUCUUUAGAGUCAUCUGAUGGAGAGGAGGUUAGGAAAAAAAGUAGUACUAAUGUAUUUGAGGGAAGUACUCCUAAGGGGAAGUUUAGGUCCUUGAGUGCUUCGAAAGCUCGCCCAGGAAUUAAAAGAUGUGAUGUUGAGAGCAGAAAUUAUGAUAGUCUGAGGGUAGUUGGUAGGAGUAGGAGAAUGUCUGUUGAUAAUGAUAGCGAUACAGAUAGCACGGUAUCUUUCCUCUCUUCAUCUACAUGGACUUCUAAGAGGAAAAGUUGGAAUGAGUUAAAGAGUUUUGGAGUUGAUGAGAUUUUUGACUCUUCAGGUGUCAAACACAAUAUCAGACCACCACGUUGUCGUAGUGCAACUGUUUCACCUGUUCGUUCUGUCAAAUACGACAGCUCAGAUGACAAUUCAAGUUUGAUAUCAAGAAGAAGGGUUGCUGAUUCUGCUAAGAAGAUAGUCAAGAGUUCAACUAAGAGCAAGAAUUGUAUGCCAAAGAUACACUGUGAACAAGCAAUUCAUCCAAUUAAAGGCCUAGUAUAUGACAGACAAGGGGCAGAAACUGGGAUUUCAAGGGAUUCACUCCCCUCGAGUUUGGUGGAGCUUGGCAAGGAGGUUGUAAAGCAAAGAGACGUUGCUUUGUUUGCAGCUGCUGAGGCUUUGCAGGAAGCUUGUGUAGCUGAGAGGUUGCUCAAUUCCUUAAGCAAAUUCUCAGAGUUUCGUUUGCCUGAAGAAGAUGAUCUACAGGCUCGUGUUGAUACGUUUUUGGAUCUUCAAGAUGACAUGGCUCAAACAAGACUAAUAGUGAAGUCGCUAACAAAUAUGUGUCCAACUAGAACAGAAGAAACUGAUUCAAGUAGCACGAAUGCAGAUAAUGAAGCAGCGGCAAUCGCAGUACAGAGAAAGAAAAAUGCAGCUACAUGGAUAAAAUCAGCAGUGGCUUUAGAUCUUUCACCAUGCUCCACUGCCCACAAUCCAAUUGCCAGCACUAGGAGCAUCGCCAAUACACUGAAGAAGUCAAGUAUACCAAGUUACGGUACCAAACAAAAAGGCGCAGACAUCAUUAAAACUGAUCAUAACAGGAACACUGACGACAUUUCUGAUCUUGUACUGCCAUGUAACAUCGACGCGCAACCUGAAUGGACCAAAGGCAGCACUAUCGAUGCAGCUACUCACCUAGCUUCUUCGUUGCAGGAUGAGUGUAGAAAAAAGUUUUUGGGACACAUAGAGACAUACGUAAAUGAACUGGAACGAAAAAUGUCUUUGAUGGUAUCAGAUAAUCAAGUAACAGCAAUGAUGUAUAAAAUCAAGAGAGUAAAUGACUGGUUAGAUAUGAUGAUCAACAAGGAAGUGAAUGAAAGCAAAGAAGGUUCAAAUUUGGAAGAGUCAGAAAUAGAAGCAUGUCAUAGAGUAAGGAACAAAAUAUAUGGAAUGUUACUGAAGCAUGUGGAGAGGACUGCAAUGGCUUUUGAAAGUAGCAAAAUGCUCCGUUACAUCGUCGAUAACUGAGAUUCCAAAUGUUAGCUCAUGUUCAUUGUGAAGAGGUACAUUAUUGAAGCUACAAUAUUCAAACAGAGUCCGUUUAUAUGAGGAAAGAUAGAGCGUAAUGAAAAAUUAGUUAAAAAAAUGUUAUAUGUCACAGGUUCAGAUUCUAUGUGCGAGACUCAUUAUGAUUUAAAAGUAUUUACCUUACUUUUCUCUCCUAUAAAAGAAAAGAUAAGUGAGAAGAUA